GUCACGACCACCCUGAUCCCCAACCACUCUCCCCUCAUACGAUUUGGCGACCGGCGCCAUUGGCGCUCGCCGAUUCAAAUUGCGCCAGCUCUCUGCACUCUCCGACAGUCGCCGGCUCGACACACGCUCGCGAGGGAGGUGGAGGUCUUGUUCGCUGCUGGAUGUUUGGUCCAGUGCCUGGUCGGUUUGAGCCGCACGCGCUCGUGACACGUUGCCUGCCGUGAAGGGUCGGAGAGCGAGAAAGAGAGAGAGAGAGAGGGGAAGAUUGUUGUGUGAUUUCGCUCGCGUUGUGAAAGGUCGCGUCCCAGGCUAAUUCGGGCGAGGAAGUGUCGCGUCCAAACGUGAGAGUUGCAUGAUGAAGCGAAGCAGUUCGUGUAGCACCUGCGGAGGCUGCGCGAAGCAAGACGGAGCCAGACGUAGUACUCGGCGGCCCAUGGGCGUGAACAGCGAGCAGCAGCGCGGCAUGGCGGCGGGCAGAGGCGGCGCGCUGGCGGCGACAGCGCCGCUCCUGGUGGCCACCGUGGGGCUGCCGGCGCGCUCCAAGACGACGCUGGCGCACCGCCUGGCGCGCUUCCUGGCGUGGAACGGCGAGCUGGCCGAGGCCUUCACCGUCAGCGACUACCGGCGCAAGCUCAUGGAGCGCUACGACAACCACAACCUCUUCCGCGCCGACAACAGCGCCGCGCUCGAGAUCCGCAACAGGAGCGCGGCGCUGGCCCUGGCCGACGCCGUCGAGUGGUUGCGCUCCUCCGGCACCGUCGCGGUGCUGGACGGGACGCACGCCACCCGCGCGGCGCGCCGCCAGCUCCAGGAGCGCGUGGUGGACCGCCUGGGCUGGCGCCUGCUCUUCGUGGAGUGCGUGGUCGACGACGACGCCAUCCUCGAGCGCAACAUCCAGGAAAUCCUUCACAAUAGCCCUGACUACCGUGAUAUGGGCCGGGAAAAGGCAGAAGAUGACUUCCGCAAGAAGAUAGCCCACUACUUGGAGCAAUACGAGCCUGUGGCAGCCAAAUCUGAAGGCAUCAGUGUAGUGCGGUAUUGUAAUGAUGGAGAAAGUGUGACAUCUCACCGUCUCUCAGGUCAUCUCGAAGCUCAAGUUCUGUCUUUCCUUGCAAGCUUUCGACCAUGCCCCAAGACACUCUACUUUUCUAGGCAUGGAGAGAGUGAAUAUAAUGUCCUUGGGCGAAUUGGUGGUGAUGCUAACUUGUCACCACGUGGUCAAGCAUAUGCUCGUGCUUUGGCACAACGUGUCACAGAAAUGCAUUUACCAUCAUUGCAUGUCUGGACCAGUCAGCUGUGUCGAACAAAGCAAACAGCUCAAGGCAUCAAAGUACCUGUAGAACAUCUGGCCGCACUCAAUGAACUCGAUGCUGGAGUUUGUGAAGGGCUCACUUAUGAAGAGAUCCAAGAGCGCUUUCCCCAAGAGUUUGCUUGGCGUGAUCAAGACAAAUUGCGCUACCGUUACCCAUGGGGAGAGAGUUAUAUUGACAUCAUGGCUCGCAUUCAAUCUGUGCUUCUUGACCUGGAAGGUGCUGAUGAGGAAGUGCUGGUGGUCAGUCAUCAAGCAGUGCUUCGUUGUGUACUUGGUUACUUCUUACACAAGCUACCAGAAGAGUUGCCAUACCUUGACGUACCUCUUCAUACUUUAAUAAAGCUGACAAGUGAUGGCUACAACUUCAACAUUGAAUUCAUAAAGCUUCCUAUAGAAUGUGUUGAUACAUAUCGCCGUCAGCCUUCGAAUUGUGCAACAGAUCGAACCACUCAAGACGCUCUGCUCACAGUCCCCUCUCAUUUCGAUUCUCUCAGUCUAUGGGACAGCAAAGACAUGCCCAAGAGUCUGCCAAUUUACAUUGAACAGCAUUAAGAACACAAAUCUUCCAUUUGUCUGUGCGGUACUGAAGCAAGCUACGUAAUGGUGAGACUGCUGAAAGUGUCAAUUAAUUUUGCCACAAAAAACAUCCUUUAAGUCAUGACCAGAUGCAGGCAUGUUAUAUUAUGCCUGUUGUGAAAAGAAGUGCUCAGAUAUAAUCGCAAGAAAUGAAAUGUGCAACACAAACUUCAGUUUAAUAAACAUGAAGAAUAGCAGAAGGCAGAUAACUCAAAGAAGAAAACAAUAUUUAUACGUUUUCUUUCUAAUUGCUUUGAGUUUUUGAUUAGACGUUUUAUUUAGUUAAAAAUUAUUAGUUCUAAUUGUAAUCUAAGUGAUGUAAAUGUUUACAUUAUAUUCUACAAUAUGACAAUGAGUACUUCAAAUUUCAUCACUUCACAACCUAAAUCAUGGUCAAUUAUGACUAGUUUACAAAAGUUAAAUAAUGUUUUGUUUUUUUAAAUGCCAGAAGUGGCAGGAGAAAGAUAAUGGAAAACAUUAUAGCAGCAGUCUUAAUUCAUGAUGUAACGAAAUAGUUGUGUGUAUUUCUUUUACAUUAGCUAUAUUAGUUAUAUUGUUCAGUAACUGUGUGUUAAACUGGCAGAAAAUCUCUCUAACAAUUAGUCUUAUCUGAACUUGUGUUCUCUCCAAAAGGGUUGUAAUUUUAUGUGAAAUUCUUGGCUUUGAGAAAUCCAACAGAUCUGUGCAAUUUAGUUAUAAUAUUGUUUUGUAACACAAAAUGUGUUUUUUUUGUACUUAAACGUUCAAUUGUUUCAAACAUAAUUGAGUGGCGGUUAGCCUUUCCCAUAGGGUAAUGGAGGGUUCUGUUCCUGUUGAGAAAUAAUAUGUAAUUUUCAUGGUUGUUGCUUUCAAUACUGUGAUUUUUUGACUUGCCAGAAGAGGAACAAAGUAACUUAUGACAAUUUUUUUGUGGUGUAGUAUCAUGUGGUUCAUUGAAUGAUGAACAUAAUUAAAUGUUCUUUUUCUGUAUCAUAAGUAAUUAGACGAGGUGUUCUGAGAAAUUCUCAGAAGGCAGAAUUAAAUUCAAUCAAAUGUAUUAUCAAACUGAGCUGUAGACUACUUGAAGUGAGAAUGUUGUUCCGUUUGAGUGAGUCUGUUUACCUGACAACCAGGUUAAAGUCUGUAAAACAAAAAAAUAAUUAUUUUUUAUACUUUCGCUCUCAUGAUACUGAGAAAACAUUAAAUAGUAUUGCACUUAACUUGUAUAAUUUUUAUAUUAGAUUUUACGUAUGUCCAGUACUGAUAUAAUUUUUAAUAUUUUUUAAUAAAAUUUUCUUCAAAAUAUGAUUUUGUAAGUUUUAUUUCCUUGUUUAUCAUCUCAGAAGGCUUGUUUACACAAUUUCAUUGUAUUUAACAUACAAGAUCACCAUGUUUGAAGCAUCAGCAAAGUUACAAGGCAACACCUGUGUUCAAUCUGUCAAUACCCUCUUCAAAUCAAACCACAAGUUGAAUUGUACUUUACUGAAGAAAUCACUUCAAGAACUAGUGACUGCAAAAGAUAUUGACUAUGCUAUGAAUAAUAUACUCCCUGUUCAUUGUGACGAAAAACAUUUAACAAUUUUAAAUUGCUCAGUUUAUUAUUGUAAUGUCAAAAAUAAAAAAAAAAAUGAGUUUUCAACUUUACUAACAAACUCAUUCAGUCUUCCUUUUGGACCUAUUCCAUAUCUUUGCUUUCUGAACUGCGAUUUAAUAGACCUGAAUUUUCUCUUUAGAAAAUUGAAAGUCUUUCAUAACCAAGUUCUUAAUAAAUUAAAACAUGCUAACAAUAACAUAUGUAGGGCAGUUCAAGUAGAAUCAAAGAUUAUAUAAACAUACUUGUAUUACAUUUUGAGCAUUUACUUACAUGAAUUAGUACAUAUUUUUCUCACAUCUCAGCUCUCUCAAUUUUGAUGCACUCAAUUGAGAGUGGUGAACAAUGGAAAAAUAUUUU